AGAAGUAUUUCAACGGGGCAGCAAAAGGCCAUGAAUUCGCGACAUCGUCGUAGAAAGCACCUUGAAGAAAGCUCUCCCAGCUUUGAUGAGUUCGGCAGCGGCUCGGAAGGCGAGGGCUACGCUGAGACAAGGUCUGCCAGCAUUCGCAGAGACACGGAUGCCAGGGAGAACGCGCGGACGCUCCUGUCGCAUUCUGCGGACGUCACAGGGCGCACUUCCAGGAGCUACGGAAGCACAACCGUUGACCCAAACACCGGAAGACCGCUGGCUCGAAGAAGGAGAAGUCCGGUUAGUCGAUCACGGCGCGAAUCCCCUGCCGCAACGUAUGGCACGCGGGAGGUCACUCCCAAAACACGUGACCGCAUCGCCGCAUUGUGGCCCGCGGAUCGGCGGUACCCGACCAGGCACGCAUCGCCGAGACGGCUCGCAGAGGUGCGUCGCUCCGACCGUAGUCCCGGGCGCGACGCAGUACCUCGGCUCGACCUCAAGCGAUCUCGGGGUACGUCCGCCAUUCCUGGUACCGGAAGCGGUGCCGGCCCUUCAGCGACCACGGCCCGGACUCCGUCCAUCCUGUCGUCGCCUCGGAGAGCAGCGAGCAGGACCGAAGACUCUCAGGCGCGUCCCGCGCAGAGCGUCCGUUUCUCCGGGAUGAAGGACAAAAGGACACCCGGUAGCAAGGAACGAAGAGCCGAUACCGGAGUAUCGUCGAGGUCCGCCGUACCUGCGUCGACGGAGAGCUUCAUCCCCGCUGACCAAGGGUCUUCGGACGACAGUUCUUCGUCCAGCAGCUCGAGCACCUCGGAGCUGGAACUGAAGAGAAACAGAAGACGCGUGCAAGCUGGUGGAGCGAGGCCCACCAAGCUGACGUCACGUGUAGGAAUCCCCGAGAGGCGCCAGUCGAACAACCCGAAAACACCGAGGAGGCGCAUUCCUCGAGAAAGUGCCACAACCGAUGCUCGCGAACGCCAGCCCAGUCACUCUGUACGCUACUCCUCUAGGAAACGUUUCGCCGGAGACGACAGUAGCAGCUCCGGAAGCGAGUCUUCGACAUCAUCGAGCAGCAUCAGUUCGAGUUCAGUUGAACGCAGCCGGGACGGCGCUAUGGUCCCGAGGGACCGCGUGGACCGAACGGCGAUCCUUAAGAGAGAGCAGAGGACCAGUGCCGCUCAAACUGACGAGACGUUGACGUCACGUCCGGCGUCCAUUUCCAGAGCCAGCCAGACGAACCUCCUGAGGCCUGCGAAGCGUGUGGUCUCUAGACCGACUCCAUCGAGUGCGCCUGGACCCAAGCGAACCAAGCAAGCGACGUUCGCAUCUGCCCGGCCAGUGAAGACAGGCUGGCAAACCGCCACCAGAUCCGCCGCCACGAGCGACGCUCCCAAGACGGCGUCGAUCUCCGCGUCUCCCGCUCUCGACGCCAGUCGGCGACGUCACCGGGACGCCGGACCGUCCAGCUCGACGCCUUCCAUAGAACGGGUCUCCAGCGCCACCGAACCGCCGUCGUCCGUCGUCGUCGUUCCCGCCGUCGCAGCAGACGGCUCCGGAGGCGUCGCAGCAGACGGCUCCGAAGGCGUCGAAGCAGACGGCUCCGAAGGCGUCGCAGCAGACGGCUCCCAAGGCGUCGCGUCGACGGUCGCUGCUGCCUCUCCCACGAGCGUCGACCGGGAUCGGUUUGCGGAGAAGGUCGCUCGCGUCCUGGAGAGGCUGUUGCCUCGAGAACGUCGAGUCGCCAAGGAGGAGCCUCGUUGGCCGACUCUCUCGGGCGAUCGAGAUCGACGAGAGGUCGGUACCGAGACACCAAGCUUAACGCGCGCUACUACUACUACGAGCACUACAGGCGUAGACGACAGCAGCGACACCGCAGUGGCGCCCCCCGAAGAAGACCGCGGUCGGAGCACCACUGGCGCGCCUCUGGUGGACGGGCUUGUCGAGCACUCGGAACCACCAUCUGAAUUGCAACGGGAGAAGCAGGCCGAUACAGGGGAGGCCACGGUGCCUCAGUGGAAGAGCUCCUCCGCUGACGCGGCCCCACUGACGUCAGGCGACUACGGGACACGUGACACGGAACUUGCGGCAAAGACCGAGCCUGCCACAACAGUGGCAACCGAACUGGAGCCGUCUUCGAGUUAUCUCGGUGUAGGCCUCGUUAUUCCACCGUCAAUGCCGACGGAGGAUAGCACCACCAAGCUGCAGGCCCCACCACCGCCCACUGAAGACAGAGAAGUCCCCACAAUAGAAUUCAGGUCUCAUCCUCAGCCCGACUGGUCGGUCACGGGUGAGCCGAGACGGGAGCCGCCGGCGGAAUCGCCGUUACCGGCCGUCGCGAGGACUCGGCUCUGGCAACCCUGGAUCCUGUGCUCGGCCGCGGGCGCCAUGAUACUCCUGCCGCUGGCCUUCGUCCUCGUGCCCUUGCUCACCUCGGCGGCCGCCGGCGGCGCCUGGCGACGCGCCGUCUCGCACUCCUCCCACAACGGCACGGAGGCGCCCGGACAGGUCGUGACCGUUCGAAGGCAGGACGUGUAUGUGGAAGACGCCGACGCUCCAAUCUCGUGCAACGGCAGUGCAUCCGGGCAGCUGGAGAACGCGUCUGCUCUGACCGUCGUCGCUGGAGCCUACAGCGCGCCGUACAGGGGCGACGCCGAACCCAGGCCCCAGUUUCGGCCCGUGUUCUGCGUCUUCGACGCGGAGUUUUUCCAUCCGAGGAGGCCCUACACUCCCCUCCAGAUUCCCACGCCUCUGUGUUCGGCGGUGAUCUUCUACAGCCUGUCCCUGAGCCGAUUCGGCGCGGGCUCGGAUGGCGGCGGCGGCUUCCGAAGACCGCUGGACGCCGAGCUCUUCGAGAACGUGUCGGCCUCGAGGCUGGACGGCCGGCUGCGACACAGGGGCAGGCGAUGUCCCCUCUACGCCACCUUCGGUGGCCGCCGAAGCGACAGCGCCGAAUUCGUGCGCAUGCUCCGUGAUCCCGCGUGGCGGAAGGCGACUGUCGAAGGAAUCGUCAACGACACGAGCUCGUCGGAGAGGGCCAAAUAUGACGGCGUCAACCUGGACUGGAACCGCCCGGGCGACGAGUGCGACGUGCUCGGGCAGCCGCAGCUGUUCCACGUGCUCGUCGAGAGCCUGGGCGCCCGUCGGGUCAGAGUGAUGCUCACGGUGCCUCCGCUGCCGCGCUACGUCGCCGCCUACGACCUCGAGCCGGUGCUGGACAGCGUGGAGCACGUGGUCGUGGCGACGCACAAGCUCCGGCCGCGGUCGUCGGUGGACUGCAGCGGCGCCAGGCUGUACGCUGCUCCCCGGUUCCGCGAGAUACGCGACGCUUACAGCGCCGCCUACCGCAAGAAGUUCGCCUACAGCGUGUCGGCAGGGGGCGACACCUUCGUCACGAGAAGCGUGGCGCUCGGCGCGGCGGCGCACGCGGCCCCUCCUCCCACUUCCGGCCUCGUUCUGCGGCCCAACAAGACGAGCUUCGAGAGCGUGUGCAACGUCAAGCCGGUGAUUGUGAACCCCGCCGACAAAGAGUGCGUCGUAGCGAUCCUGCAGAUCGAGAAGUCGCUAGACGCCAGCAUACUGUACUACACGCUGAAUCGACGCAGCUUCACGGGCGACGGUUUCGAGUUUGCCCAGACGCGGAAGUAAAAAGCCGCAAUCCUAAACUAGCGUGGAUGAAAACACGGGACUCUCUUCAGAAGCGCUCUCACUUGAGCGCGCUUUGCCUCCGUAUAGCUUUCCCUUCAUCGCCACAGAAAGUUAUCCGCGAGUAUAUGUAUACGGCACCCUUAUCAACGUAACCUUCCGGACACUUCAACGAAAAAAGAAAACAUCUUAGAGUUUUACAAGAAGAGAGGUUAAUAGUGGAGAAACCAGUUUUAUGUAGGUAAAAACUCAGACGCGGAACUCCAGAACGGAAGCUUGAUAUUUUGUAUGUCGUCUCGCGUUGUCGUGAUAUGUACUUGUUUCUUUUAUGAAGGUAAAAACUAAGACGCGGAACUCCAGAGCGGAAGCUUGAUAUAAUGUAUGUCGUCUCGCGUUGUCUUGAAAUGUACUUGUAUGUGUUCCACAUGAAUCGUAGCUGCUAUUAAUUUACUCAUCGAAGUCGGCUUCUGCUUCUUUUUCUCUUC